AUGUCUCGACAGCUUCUGCACCGCGGACUCGCCGAAACAGGCCUCCUGGCCCUCGGCAGAUCCCACCCCGACAUCAAAUUACUAUGCCUCCAGCGCUUCGUGCGCAUGUUCGCCUAUGGCGCGACGACCUUACAGCUCGUAGCUUACUUUGAACUCCUCGGCUUCUCGGCGACGCGAAUUGGUCUUUUCAUGGCGUUUACGCUCGUCGGAGACGUCUGCAUCAGUUUAGUUCUCACUUCCAUCGCCGAUGGCGUCGGGCGGAAGGCGGUGCUGGCUGCCGGCGCAGCUUUGAUGGCUGUCAGCGGUGUUGUUUUUGCGACGUGUAGUUCGUUUUGGGUGUUGUUGGCUGCUGCUGUGGUGGGAGUUAUUAGUCCAAGUGGCGCUGAGAUUGGGCCUUUCCGGGCUGUGGAAGAGAGUAUCGUCGCGCAUCUCACUACUACGGAGGAUAGAAGCGACGUCUAUGCCUGGUACAGCCUCAUGGGCGCGGCUGGGACUGCGUUUGGGGCGAUGACGAGCGGUUGGACGGCGCAUUACUUGACGACAAGUGCCGGCUGGGGCCUUGAGCAUGCCUACCGCGUAGUCUUUUACGGGUAUGCGGCGCUUGGCGUGUUCAAGUUCUUCCUCGCGUUGCUCCUGAGCGGUGAUAUUGAGGCAGACCGAGAAGAGGCCGGGGUGUCUGCGGAAGAGACUGCUCCGAUCCUAGGCGAACGGUCGGUUGAGAGGGAGGUUGAGGGCAAGACUUGGCGGUCGAAGAUUGUUCCGAGGAUUGAGAGGGAGAGUAUGCCUGUUGUCGCUACUCUGUGUUUCUUCUUUGCGCUUGAUUCCUUUGCUUCUAGCUUGACUACCCAGUCCUGGAUCGCCUUCUUCUUCCGGUGGAAAUUCAACGUGGACGAUGGAACUUUGGGCUCUUUAUUCUUCACCACGAGCCUGCUGGCAGCGGCCACAACUCUAGUUGCGUCCUCGAUAGCCAAGCGGAUCGGCAACCUAAACGCCAUGGUGUUCACCCACCUCCCGUCAACGAUCUUCACAGCACUCAUCCCCCUCCCGCGAGACGCCACCACGGCCAUCGUCUUUCUGAUCUUCCGCGCCCUGACGCAUUCCAUGGACGUCGCGCCGAGGGCCGCUUUUCUCGCGGGUGUGAUCUUGCCCAAGGAGCGGACUACUGUGCUAGGCUUGAUCAACGUUUUGAAAACGUGCACGUCGAGUGUUGGUCCUGUGGGAGUGGGAAUCUUGGUAGAUAAGAAUCUCUUCUGGGUUGCUUUUGUGGGUGCUGGAUGCCUCAAGGUUGUGUACGAUCUUGGGAUGUUGGUUUCCUUCCGCAAGCAUGAGCGGGAGCUACGGGAUGGAGAAGCUCAGAAUGCUUAGAAGCAUGGUAUAGUCACUCCAUGUGCAAGGCACGUACAACCCUUCCGCUGCGUAGAGGAUGAGAUCGUUUCCCCACGGAAAAACACUUGGUAUAAGGACUGAGCAAAGCGAAGAUCAUUAGAACUAGUCAUAUGCAUUCAGGCUAUCAGCAAAUGCCUCC